UGCGGGGGUGGGCAGCCAAGAGGAACCCACUCCCGAGACUGUCAGCUGAACGCCGCGCUCAGAGGAAACGUCAGGCCUGGGGUCUGCGUUCUGCACCGUAAUGGUGGGGUCCGUCGAAUGCUACCAAAUGGCGCUUGGCGCUGCUGGGCUGGGGGAUGACGUGAUGUCUAUUUCUGGGCCUCCUGGCAGCGCCUAGGCUCUCCUUCCGGGGCCUUUGUUCCCUGUUUCCCUGGGCUGCCUUUUCAAAAAGGGGACUCAGCCGCGCUGGUGCUGGGGCGCGGGGGAGGGGCGAGAGGCCGGCCCGGGGAGGCCGCUUUGUGUACGGAGAAAGCAUUACGUCAUCCCGGGCGGCUGGUCCCCCACCCACCCUGGGAGCCCCGGGACCAAUUUAACACUCCUUGAGGCAGAAAGUGAAGUCGAAAAUAGAGAAGAUGUGUCCCCUGUGGUGGCUGGGCUCGUCGGGGCCUCUGUGCUGGUGGUGUGUGUUUCGGUGACUGUCUUUGUGUGGACAUGCUGCCACCAGCAGGCAGAGAAGAAGCACAGGACCCCACCGUACAAGUUUAUACACAUGCUCAAAGGCAUUAGCAUAUACCCAGAGACCCUGAGCAGCAAGAAGAAAAUCAUCAAAGUGCGGAGAGACAAGGAUGGCCCUGGGAGGGAAAGCGGACACGGGAGCGUGUCAGUGGACGCAGCAGAGGCUGGCCUGCUAAGCCGAGACGAGGCGGCCAGGGGGCCCAGCUCUGGCUCAUGUAUAGACCAGUUACCCGUCAGAAUGGACUAUGGGGAAGAACUGAGGAGCCCCAUUACGAGCCUGACACCAGGGGAGAGCAAAACCAGCUCUCCAUCAUCUCCAGAGGAAGAUGUCAUGCUGGGGUCCCUCACCUUCUCGGUGGACUAUAAUUUCCCGAAAAAAGCCCUGGUGGUGACAAUCCAGGAGGCCCAUGGGCUGCCAGUGAUGGAUGACCAGACCCAGGCCUCUGACCCCUACAUCAAAAUGACCAUCCUACCUGACAAGCGGCAUCGGGUGAAGACCAGGGUGCUGCGGAAGACCCUGGACCCCGUGUUUGAUGAAACCUUCACCUUCUAUGGCAUCCCGUACAGCCAGCUGCAGGACCUGGUGCUGCACUUCCUCAUCCUCAGCUUCGAUCGCUUCUCUCGGGAUGAUGUCAUCGGGGAGGUCAUGGUGCCAUUGGCCGGGGUGGACCCCAGCACAGGCAAGGUCCAGCUGACCAGGGACAUCAUCAAGAGAAACAUCCAGAAGUGCAUUAGCAGAGGGGAGCUCCAGGUGUCCCUAUCCUACCAGCCCGUGGUACAGAGAAUGACGGUGGUGGUCCUCAAGGCCAGACACUUGCCGAAGAUGGACAUCACCGGCCUUUCAGGUAGCCCAGACCCAUAUGUCAAGGUGAACGUCUACUAUGGCAGGAAGCGCAUCGCCAAGAAGAAAACCCACGUCAAGAAGUGCACCUUGAACCCUGCCUUCAACGAGUCCUUCAUCUACGACAUCCCCACCGACCUCCUCCCCGGCAUCAGCAUCGAGUUCCUCGUCAUCGACUUCGACCGCACCACCAAGAACGAGGUGGUGGGCAGGCUGAUCCUGGGGGCUCACAGCGUCACGGCUGGCGGGGCAGAGCACUGGCAAGAGGUCUGUGAGAGCCCCCGCAAGCCCGUGGCCAAGUGGCACAGCCUGAGUGAGUACUGAUCCUGGCCUCGCCUCCGACCCGGAGCCAGGCUGGGGUGUGGCGCAGAUGGCAGGGAGGCGGACUCCAAACCUCAUUUUAGGCAUAGAAGAAGAUUUCUCACCAAACAGAGCCCACAGAAAACACCCACAUGGCCACGGCUGCAGAUCAGUUCUUGGCAAGGCACUAGGAAUUCUUCUGUUUUUUAAAUGGGAAAAAAGCAGGGAAGACCCUGCAAGUCUAUAUAUAACAAUAUAACCUUAUCCUUGCAUGUCUAAUACAAGCUGAAGAAAGUAGCCUAUCUGCCAGUAUCAAGUUGCAGAUUUUAACCCAUGAAAAUUGUGUUUUGUGCCGAAUUGUAUUUGCUGAUUACCUGAAAUUGGCGUCUUCUCAUUGGGCUUCUCUCGAGAGGUGCUCCCACUCCCCACCUCUGCAGAAGAAAAUUGUGCUCCUGUAAAACCUCACAUUUUCAUCAUCCCCAUCUCCUCUCCCACCUCACGUAUCUCUGGGCUUUGCCUGAGCAUCAGGCCCAGACACAAAGCCGAGAAGCAAAGGUGGGGUAGGGUAGCUGUGGCGGGGCUGGCAGGAAAAAGCAAGACCCAGAAGCAGGGUAUUUUUGCUGCUGUCCCUCCUGCUGCAAAAGGGCAGUGGGCAGUUACGCUGAACUGGUAGCCCCCACGGAAGCACGUAGAACAUACCGAUUCAUCACGUAGAACUUGGAUCUACAAACCUAGCCGACUUCACGCUCAGCUGCAGGACAGAGCCCCGGGCAUGAGCAGCUGACUCCAAGGUUACCUGCAGGUAGGAGGACGAGGAGAGGAGCAAGAAGUGCCUGCCGCCCCUCUGCAGCUCUGUCCGGAGUGACAGCUGUUUCUAGCUGAUCCCCUGGGAGUCCUGGAGGCUGGAAGGCUUACCACUGGGCUUUGGCUCCCCAGAAACGCUGACUGGGAAGCUUUAGGGUCCUCUCAAGUGGCUUAGAUGUUCUAAUGAGGUAGUUUUGUUUUAAAAGGGAAAAAGCCCUCAGAAGUUACUCUUUCUCCUUGAAGUUUUCACUAAUAUGGAUCUUUUUUUUUUUUGGUACCAGGGAUCAAACUCAGGUCCUUGCGCUUGUGCAGCAGGCAGCAAAACCACUGAGCUAAAUCCCCGGCCCUACUAAUAUGGAUCUUUAAACAAAGAACCAUGUGACUGAGUUGUAAAGAUAAAUUUUCCUUUCCCUCAAAAUAAAGUGCAUCGUUCUUGGGACUUUGGGUCUCAGAGUCUCACUGUAUGGAAAGGGUGGGAGGUCCAGUUCAGUCCUCCCCGGCUGCUGGCCAGGACAGGCUUCGAGUCAGCCUCAGGCUGCAGCCAGAACCCAGGCCUCCUCCUCCUCCCUGGUGCAGGCUCCGUAACAGUGGUGAGCUUGGGUGGGCAAGGCAUGGACAGCCUGAAGGGGAACUCAGAUAGCAGCAGCUCCACCCAGGGUGAAGAUGAGCGAGUGCAGUGUACACUUCCACACGAGAUCAUCGCUUUCUGACUUGCUCCUGAGAGGGAGUGAAAAGCUGAGUUUCCAUGGAGAGGGUGGUGACAUUCCCCUUGGUGUCCCCUGGGCUCUUGUGGAUUUAAAACCAGUCUGCUCCCUCACCCCAUCCUCUGCUUUGGUUUUGUUUUAACCUAGAUUCUUGACAAUGCAGAGCAGUUCUGUGCAGGCAAAAGCCUCUUCUGUGUCCCAGCCCCUGCCCAGCGCUCCCCCAAGAUCCAACUCUCUCCCAUCACAAUUGGGGCCACACCACUAGUCUCCGUCCUAACCCUAACCCAUGGAAUGUAAAUAUUGUAUCAUACGUAGAAGAAAAUAAUUUUUGUUUUCUAAAAAUGCAUUUUGAGAUAGUUUAAUGUAAAUCUGGCAGGAGCAUUCUGAAGCCCCAUUAGGAAAAAAUUUAAAUGGUUCCUCUUCAUCGCCUUAAUGUCUAAAGAUCAGAAACCGCUGAGCAACCCGCUUUUGUUUCCUUGCCAGAAACAAUGCAGAGCGACAGGUGGAGUCGGUCUGGUCUUUGCCCUGCUGUGUGUGCCUCUGUAGCUCCUCCUGCCCCAUGACUGGGGAGACAGCCUCUCCCACCCCAGUCCCGCCUCCUGGUAGCUUUACUCCUUGCAUCCUGGGUCUGUGGGCGGUGGAUGGCAAGGUGAUGGGAGGAGCUGAUCGCUCUGUAGGCUGCCGGCUGCCUCGGUGCCUUUCCCAGGAGAAGGCAGAGACGUGGCCCACACUGGGUUCCUCCCUCCAGCCUCAGGCCUGACCCACCCUGCCCUGGAGUAUGCUGUCCCAAAGUUUCUUCGCUGACUUUGGCUUUCACAUUUGUUCUUUGCAGAGAGAACUGGUAAAGGGGGAGGCAGUGCCUCUUCCCGAGGGUCAUUUGACAGACAAGAGAGUCGCAUCCUAGCGUUCACACAAGGUGCUCGAAGUCAGGAAUAGGUUAGGCAAUGGUCUCGUCCAAUUUUCCAAAGCUAAUCCUUCUCUAUGGAUACCUUGCUCCCUUUGGGAAGACAAGAGUUUUUCUUAAUAACGAAGUCCCUUUAUGAGUUGUUCCUUCCUUUAGUUCCCAGAUGUACCUGUUUCCUAGCAGUGCUCUAGGCAGGAAAGCAGAACUGCUCCAUGGGACAGGGUGGGGGCUUGCUAAGGAGAGGAGGACCCAAGUCCUUUUUCUCGGAAGCCUCUCACCAUGGCUGUGACAAUGACAUUGCCCUCGCCAUGAUCCUCUCCGAAGUGGUGUCUUUCUUUACCUUGUGUCUUCUCUUGUAAAAAUGAAACUCAAAGAUAAACACGUCAAAUUAAAAAAGAAAAAAACGAAAAAGCUAACAUUAAUUGUGUGAAAUGCAUAAUGCUGUAACACUAACCUACAAUAUGUAAUGCUAUCUUGUAUGUUGAAUUGUUAAUGCACCACACGAGUGCAAAAUAAAGACUGAUUCACAUUAACACA